AACGCCUGGAAGGAUAUGUACGGGAAACACGAGAAACUCAUUAUCUGACGUGAGUUUGCGCUUUCUAUCUGAAAGACAGUGCUCACUGGGUGUUGGAAGGGAAAUUCUUGGCAACGGAUGCCUUGUUUGAUGAUAACUGCUUAUUUGAUGUCCAAUGUUUUCCAUUUCUACGAUUUCGACUUCAUUGCGGUAGCGAAACAAAGACAAUUUACUACGGAGGUUCAUUGAAAGCCGGUAUUGUGUUCAUGUUAAGUUCUAAUGAGACAUUAAUACCCCUGUUUUCUUUGUGAGGAUUCGCGGGAUUUCUCGGUUUGUUUAAAUGUCAAAAACAACUUGGAAGUAUGUCUUUCUUUUGGUAUCGCUAUGGCUGCUUAUCCUUGGCUACAUGGGUUAUCAGCUUUUGUCCGUUGUCGACGAUGCAAACCGAAGCGCUGUCGCACUUCUGCAAAAGGAAAGACAAAUCGAACUGCUACAGACUCAGAAUGGGGGACUAAAAAAGAAGUUAGUGGAAUUUCAAGCAGACAAGAAUAAACUCGAAAUGGAAGUAGCCGAACUUAGACAGAAGAAUUCAGAUCUUCAACGCAAACUAACAGCUCAGAAAUCCUCGAUUGUUACUCCUAUGAAACCGCAUGAGCUCAAAGAUAAGCGUGAUCAAGAUUCGGAAGUAGCGAUCACUUCAUCGGUAAAAUUUACGCCGCCUAGUCUGGAAUUUUUAACGAUAAGACGGAGGGCAGAGAAGGAAUUGAAAGAAAUGUGGUAUUUUAUAAGUGCUGAGGUGAGCAGAAUUAAGAUGUCUGCCAGCGAAAGCGUGAAAUCGAAGUUGACAAAGAUGAUGUGGACUGUUGAAGACAUGCAUCAUGUUUUGUCUUUAAACUUUGAAAACUUAAAAUCUAUGGAUGGACAAAGAGAAUGGGUUGAAAAGGAACAUAAAGAACUUAGCGAUCUUGUCCAAAGAAGACUGUAUCAUUUGCAGAAUCCAACCGAUUGCGAUUCGACGAAGAAGCUGAUGUGUCAGCUUAACAAAGGAUGUGGUUACGGUUGCCAAGUUCACCAUCUAAUGUACUGUUUCAUUGUUGCUUAUGGCCUUCAAAGGACUCUUAUAAUCGAUUCUAGUGGUUGGAGGUAUUCACCAAAAGGCUGGAAUGGAAUUUUUAAACCCGUUAGUGAAACCUGUACAAAUCAUCAGGGGAAUAUAGCGGCAUGGAGCGAAUCCGCGUCGAAAAGUGAACAAAAUAUUUUAAUGCCAAUUGUCGAUAGUUUAUACCCCAGGCCUCCCUACAUGCCGUUGGCUGUGCCUAAAGAUUUGGCCAACAGAAUACAGAAAAUUCACAGCCAUCCGUUCGUGUGGUGGAUAGGACAAUUUGCUAAAUAUUUAUUUCGCUAUUCACCUGCUGUGCAAGAAGAGAUCGACCAAAAAAGAACUUUGCUUGGCUUCAAGAAACCAAUUGUCGGGUAAGAUUUAUUUAGCCUGUGUUGACUUAGAGACAAAAGCAACCGGAUGGUAUUUGAAUAGCUGUUAGGUAAAAUAGUCUUGUAAAUUGUUUCCUGUAAAUGAUUAUUCAACCAUCAAUAUUAAGUCAUUAUAUAUUUAUCAUUUCCUAUUUCUUUUAGCCCAAUUAAAAAUUCAAAUCAUCCUGAAAGCCCCAGCACUCAAACUCCAAAGAUUUUAUCAGUGAUUCUCCAUUCUAGUAGCAACAGAAAGCCAUGUUAAUUAGUUAAGAGAUUUUGUUGACAUUUUUGCUAAAUCUUGUCACCUCUUUGAUAAAUAAUCUAUUGAUACUGUAAGAAAUUAUAAGUAAUUACCUGUAUUUCUCUCUUGUUGUAAUGUCAUCGUUUAAAUUUCUAUUUGUUUGUUUGUUUUUAAUUUUCAACAAGCUUUCCUUCUUCCCAGAUCUGUUACAAUAUUCUAAGAUAAAAACAAACAAAAGAAAAAAUGAAUGAUAAUCACAACUUCUACAUCUUACAAACUUGUGAUCUCAUACUGACCAGUAGAUGUUUUAUGCUUGAGAUACAACUAGAUAUUUUGCAAAUAUGUAUCAUUGUAAAUUUAAAACCUUUCUAGCAACCCUAACUGGUCAAGAGGGGUGCUAUCUGCUGCUCAAAGUAGGAAGCUUUGAGUGGGGAUUUUUUAAAAAAAAUUUAUCUCUUUUCUUUUUUUCAGGGUUCAAGUUCGUAGAACUGAUAAAAUUAACACAGAAGCAGCUUUUCACUCCAUCGAAGAAUACAUGUAUUGGGUAGACUUGUUCUAUAACAAGCUAGAAAAAGUUCAACCUGUGAAACAAAGACGUGUCUACCUUGCAACAGAUGAUGCUAAUUUAUUGCCUGAAGCAAAAGAAAAGUAAGUCAGAAUUUCACGGUUUUUACUUACAUGUCACCUUAGUUUCUUAGAAUAAUGAACUCGGAACAACUGGUUAAUGUGUGAACCUUUUUGGGUGCAUUUUUGUACAGCUUGUGCUCUGACAGUUUUCAGAUAAGUAAAUAUUGUGUUGGCUCUUCAAAAAAUUUUGAGAAAUUAUGUUUGGAUUUUUUAAAUGUAUUUUAUAUCAUUAUAUAUGUAAACAGUGGAUAACAUUGAAAGCAUUCAAAUUGGAUACUCAAACACAGAAUAUCCUUUGCUAUUCUGAGCAAUGCACAUGGGAUUUGUACCUGAAAAAUAUUGCAAUUCUUACAGGAAUUAAUUAGUUAAAAUCCUUUCUUCUACUUUGUUAUUUCACCGUUUUGGUUUAUACUCAAAGAACUAUCCACUUCGGCACGGUAAAUAUCCACCACUAGUCACCCCCACUUUGGUGAAUAGUUGUUAACCCUUUAACUCCCAGAUCUAAUUUGUAAUUCUCCUCACCAUCAACCUUACAAUUCUUACAAUGUUAGUUCAGAGAAUUUAGUAUUGGAUCAACUAAUUAUCCCCAAAUUGAUAUUUUUCUUUAUUCUCAUCACUUGUCUGGUUGAUAUUGUAUUGAUAUUGUUAGGAGAAAUUCUGUCUUGGUCACUCAUGGGUGUUAAAGGGUUAAGUACACUAUUUUUCUUGCAUCUAAUGAAUGUCUUUGGAGAAGAAAUAGAAUAAAGAUUAUGUUACUCUAUGUCUUCUUGGCUCUGAGCAAAAUACACUCAUGAUUUAUACUUCCAUGCUUUGGCAAUCAUGUUGCAUUUUAGAAAAAUUAGUUGAUAUAGAGACGAAUAGCCUUUUUUUUUAAUUUGAUGCCUCCUUUUCAGGUACAAGAACUACGAAUUUGUUAGUGAUCAGGAAAUUUCCAAAUCUGCUGGCCUUGGAUCACGUUACUCCGACUCUUCUCUACAUGGAGUUCUGUUUGAUAUUCAGAUGUUAUCAGAGUGUGAUUUCUUGGUUUGCACCUUUUCUUCACAGGUAAAGUACGACAGUUAUUGACUUUUUUUGCUUUUUGCCUUAAGGCAAAAGGUACGUCCUUGAGGCAGGAGCACAGCCCUGUUAAGGGAAAAUGGUAUAUCAGUUAAAGGAGACUAAAUGAAUUAAGUCCCAAAAACAGAGCAUAUUUUGCAGUUGAAAAAAAAUACCAGAUGAGAAGGUAUAAAACCAGACUCAACCAGGAUUAAUAAAGAUUGAGGAAGAUAAACCUGAUAGCAAAUGAGGCACUAAAGAAUGGAGUAAGUCUGGAAUAAAUCCUUAACCUGCUGUGAGUGUAGCUGCUUUGAAAUUUAGUUUGUUAACCCUUUACACCCUAAGAUCAGUAUGCAUAUUCUCCAUACUGUUCUCUAUACAUUUCCUAAGAUACUGACAAGGAGAAAAUGUUUAACAAUCAAGAGCUUCUUUAGAUGGUGAUCAUUUCCCUUAUUCUCAUGACCUUAAUGUGUGAUUCAGGGGUGAUAUUGUGAAGAGAAAUUAGAUGCUAGUCACUCUCAGGGGUUAAAGGGGAGAGGGCAAAGGCUGAAAACUUCUUUUCUUAUUUUUAUUUUUCUACCAGGUUUGCCGUGUGGCCUAUGAACUGAUGCAAUCAUCUCAACCUGAUGCUGCUAAAAAAUUCCAAUCCUUGGAUGACAUUUACUACUUUGGCGGUCAAUCUGGUCAUGAUGUGAAAGCCAUCUAUCCCCAUCGUGCGCAAGAUUCUACACAGAUAGACUUAGCUGUGGGAGAUCGUGUUGGAAUUGCUGGCAAUCAUUGGGAUGGAUAUUCCAAGGGUGUCAAUCAUAAGACUCGUCAAGAUGGUCUUUUCCCAUCCUACAAAGUCGAAGAUGUCAUGGAAAUUUUUGAUUUCCCAACUUAUGACGGAGUAUAGCUGAUUCCCUAUCUUCAUAUGAAACACUUUAUAAAAUGAAUCAAUAAUCUGGUGGAAAUUAUGAUUUUUAGUUUUUUAACGUCAAGUCAUAAAUUAAUAUAUGGAUUAAACAUAGAAGUCAUGUAGAGAAAGAAAUGAAUUAUGUACCUAUAGCUAGGCUAAUACAAUCACAGUUAACAAUUGAAACCACCCUGCUUAAUUUUUUCAUUUUCAAACGUUAACCUUACAAUCCUGAAUUCCAAGAAGAUGAUAAAAUAUCUGGACCAUUAAAAUACAUUUAUCAUGAUAACAUUGUGAUUACCUGAUCAGUCUUUCAUUGAAAUAAUCCAAUUUCCUAUGUAUAGAUAUGUAACAAAACUAGUCAAUUGAUGUCAUUCAAAUCUGUAACAAAAGCUAGUUUCAUAUUUUAGUGGCAAAUGUUAAUGACUUGAAUCUAUCCAUAGAUGUGCAGAAAAGGAAGUUUCUCUAUAGGCAACAUUGAAAUAACGCAUUGAAAAUAUUAUACAGCAAUUAAUCCUUUUUACUCCAGCAUUAGUGCUGACCUUCUCUGUUCUCCUCUCUAUAAACUUCCCUUGGUUUUGAAAAGGAGAAUUCACUAAAAAAUUAAAGCUUCUUAGGUUGGGGAUCAUUUCCUUUAUUCUCAUGAUAUAAAUGAAUUAUUCAAUGGUAUUACUCUAGGGAGAAAUUUAAGGAUGGUCAUUCUUACAAGUUAGAGGGUCAGUGGUUUGUGCAUCAGCUGUGCCUCAAUCAAGAUAUGAAAUACUCACAGAGUUUGAUGCAUGCUGAUGCAUGAAUCAAUUAUGUAGUUAAAUGUACUUUCCAUUGUUCAGUCAUUUUUACAAGAAACAAACUAGCAAUUGUUUGUUUGUGUUUCUUUUCAGCCAUAGUUGAGUCAUAUGACACUUCCCCAACCUUGCAGGCUGAUUGGCCUUCAAUUGAAUGCAACUCUAAUUGUAAAAUGCAUCUCUUCCUCUUUCAUCUACUUCAUCUUUCUCCUCCCACCUGCCUUCCUACCAGUUUUGCUUGGCCUAUUUUCACGAAAAAUUAAUGGUUCAGAGUGUCAGUAAUGUUGAAAAUGAGUAUGUUAGGCCAUGGUGCAUUUUAAAGCUAAGUUCGGGAUAUGGAGGUGUAGCUUACUGGCCUCAAAGGGGGCUAUUAAAUUUGGAAAUAUCA